AUGUCGGAUGCAGGUGAAGACAUCGCGACGGUCUUCGAGGAGCUCGGAGACCUGGAGAAGGAGUUUGCCGACACGGAGCUUGAUGCUCUUCGCCGGAAGGAAUUCGCUCUGAAACCACUCUACGCAAAGCGCCAGGCAUUGCUCGAGCGCGUACCCGGAUUCUGGCCCACCGUUUUCGGAAAUGCGCCCGAGGAAGUCCAGCAGUUUUUCUCACCUGAGGAUCUCAGCCUACUCUCGUCCCUCAUUUCGUUCUCGGUCGACCGAUAUCAAAUCCAAACAGAAUCGAAAGGCGAGCCGCGCAGCCUGCGCUUCACGUUCGAGUUCGGCGCGAAUGACAUCAUCGAGGAUGCGAAGCUGGUCAAGGAUUUCGAGUAUCGGGCCGGCGUGCCUGGUGGGAGUGGCAAUUUCGUGUCGAAGCCUGUGGCUAUCAAGUUCAAGAAUAAGAAGAAGGACGUCACACAUGGUCUGCUGGACGCCGCGGUCGAGCUGUAUUCGGCUGAAGAAGCGCUCAAGUUGAAGAAUGGGGAUGGUGAGAUCGACAUUGUUGACCGUGAGGCUCUGUGGCAGCACGAGAAGCUGCGGCAGAAGAUGAUUAAGUUGGACGAAGAGCCCGAGCAGGAGCCGAGCUUUUUCAACUGGUUCGGUUUCCGUGGUGCCGUGAAUUCCCAUGCGGAGCGCGAACCGAAGGUUUCCACCACCAAUGGUACCAGCAGUCCAGAUGAAGAGGAGGAAGGAGACGAUGAUGAUGAAGACCAGAUGUUGGAAUUGGAAAUAUUCCCUGCAGGCGAUGAUGUCGCCAUUACUCUGGCGGAAGAGUUAUGGACAGAUGCCAUGGACUUUUUCAUGUCUGCUCAGGAUGAGGGUGCAUUCGAUAUCGACGAAGAUGAUGAGGUGUCAGACGACGACGAUGAAGCACCAGAGCUGGUCCCGGUGGAAGAUGACCGCCCACGGAAAAAGCAGCGCAAAGCCUGA